AUGUCAAAUUUUACAGUUCGAGCAGUUUCGGAUUUCAUUUAUCACGGUACAUCGAGCACAUCAUCAGAUAUUUCACCAAUGUGUGAACAGAAAUCUUUACCCAGACGAGGAAGAUCUAGAUGGCACGUUCCCAGCAGGAAUUCUCUUCGAAUGCUGUUACCACCGAUGUCUGUAGCUGAGACAGCGUUCGUUAAUAGUCAGGGAUCUGCAGUUCGAAGAAAUGGGAACGGAGAAAAGAGUGACCGACCAGAACUUAGUGAAGCUGAAUGCGAUAUUGAUUCACUCAAGAAGCCUAAGCUUGGAUUAAGAAGUUCUCUCUGGUCAAGACCAAAUACUCAGAAUAAUCCCUCCUCGGACUAUUCAAUUGCCGUCUGA